UAAAACGUCAAAAAUUGCCGGCCGAUUUUUCUCGACGUUUUGUGUGGCGAUUAAAAGUUGAUAAAAAUUGCCAAAUAAACAGCUGCUUCUUCUGUUAAUUCAUCACUAUCGAAUCGCAGACAGCACUAUGGUCAAUUUUAGGGUGCUAGCGCGAGCGAUGUCGACCGUGGCGAAGGCGUUCGAGACGCACCAAGUGGUGCCCGAUGUGGUGGCUAAGGCGCCGGCGGCUUUGGCUCAGGUGAAAUACCCCAGCGGAGUGGUGGUGGAAGAAGGCAACGAGCUCACCCCGACUCAGGUGAAGGAUGUGCCGACUGUCUCGUGGGAUGCCAGCGAUGACAAGUUCUACACACUGGCUAUGACUGAUCCAGACGCGCCGUCCCGCACUGAGCCCAAAGCCCGCGAAUGGCACCACUGGCUUGUAGCAAACAUACCCGGAGCGAACGUAGCGAGCGGCGAGACGCUGUCUGCCUACGUCGGCUCCGGUCCUCCACCAGACACUGGUCUCCACCGAUAUGUCUUCCUGGUGUACCAGCAGCCUGGCAAACUGAACUUUGACGAGCCCCGCCUUACCAACACGUCCGGUGACAACCGCGCUAACUUCGCCAUCGCCAAGUUCGCCAAGAAGUACAACCUUGGCGACCCAAUCGCCGGGAACUUCUACCAGGCCAAGUACGACGACUACGUGCCCCUGCUCUACAAGCAACUUGGCGCGUAACUUGGCAUCGUAACUUGACCUUGGCGUUGUGUGUUUGGCGCGAAUUGUGACUUAACCCAGCGGGUUAGGGUUUAGAUUGGCUUACACAUUUCUGCUCAAACUUGAAUUCUUCCAGCUGUAAUUUUUUUUCUUGAAGAAAUUUGUCACGUGUGUAACUAAUGUUGGGCAGUAGCAUUUAUAAAACUGUAGUUUCCAACGCAAAGACUGUUAGAUUGUAAUAAAGAACCAAACACACUUCCACGCAAUAUCUGGUUGUAAACAACCGUGUCAUCUGGUAUGACCAGUCAAUAAUCUAGAUUUGUAAGUGAAAUUCGUAUGUUAAAUAAAAAUGCAUCAAACAUA